AUGCGAGUUCUCUGUGUCGCUGAGAAGCCGUCUAUCGCGAAAGCUGUUGCUGGGCAUCUAUCAGGCAAUCAGGUUACAGUUCACAAUACGCCAGAAAAAUACAUCAAGAACUAUGUCUUUGAUUAUGACUUCGGAAGGCCUUGGGAUCACUGUCAAGUUACUAUGACCUCUGUACUUGGCCAUAUCACAUCCGCUGUCUUCCCUGCCGACUAUAAGAAUUGGGAAUUUCCUCCCCCAGAACGGCUGUUCGAUGCGCCCGUGAAUAUCAUCACUUCCGAGGACAAAACGAAGGUGGCAGAAAAUAUCGAAAAGCAAGCACGCUAUGCCAAUGCGUUAUGCAUUUGGACAGACUGUGAUCGAGAAGGAGAACACAUAGGCUAUGAGAUCUGUGAAGCCGCCAGGAAAGGCAACAGGACUCUAGAUAUUAAGAGGGCCAAAUUCAGCAAUAUCGAGAGAGCACAUAUCUUAAAUGCAUCCCGCAAUCUCAUCGAUCUUGAUUUGAGGCAAGUCAAUGCUGUUGCCUCUCGUAUUGAAUUAGACCUUAGGAUAGGGUAUGCGUUCACUCGUUUCUUGACUACGAAUCUUAGGACGCUGGGAGGACCUUUUCAAAAGCUCAUGCUAAGCUAUGGAUCCUGCCAAUUUCCAACUCUCGGGUUUGUGGUAGACCGAUACUUCAAAGUGAGAAAUUUCAAGCCAGAGCAGUUCUGGAGCAUCAAGGUCAUGCAUAAACGAGAAGGCAUUGAUGUCCACUUUAGUUGGUCUCGAAAUCGCCUCUUCGAUAGGGCAUCUGUGGUCAUCUUCUAUGAGAGGUGUCUGGCGGCCAAGAAAGCCAAGGUAGUUAAGGUUCAAGAGAAACCUACGAAGAAAUGGAAGCCCUUGCCGUUGACUACAGUCGAAUUGCAGAAGAUGGCUACGAUAUUUCUACACAUGACUGGUCAGCAGGCAAUGGAGGCCGCAGAAAGUCUCUACAACAAGGGAUUCAUCAGCUAUCCGAGAACAGAAACCGAUCGUUUCGAUCCCGGUAUGAAUUUGCGUACACUGGUUCAAAAGCAAACCCAGUCGAACUCCUGGGGCGAAUUUGCGCAGAACUUGACCGAUGGUGGAUUUCAACAGCCACGGCAAGGACGUAACGACGACAAAGCACAUCCUCCAAUUCACCCAAUCACAUAUGUGGAACCAACAGCUCUCAACGAUAGGGAAAAGAAGGUCUAUGAAUUCGUCGUUCGGCGAUUUCUAGCCUGCUGUGCAGAGGAUGCUAAAGGUGUGGCUACAGAUGUGGACAUCUUAUAUAGAGAGGAGUCCUUCCAUGCUCAUGGCGUUGUUGUCUUGGAACGAAACUAUUUAGAUGUUUACAUUUAUGACAAGUGGACCGGUACCGUCCAACUUCCCAAAUUCACCGUCGGGGAGCUCUUCGAACCCACCGAAGCUCUUAUGACAGAAGGCAAGACAGCGCCCCCCAAUUACCUGACUGAGGCAGAUUUAAUUGCUCUUAUGGAUGCCAAUGGCAUUGGGACAGAUGCUACUAUGGCAGAACACAUCCAGAAGAUCCAAGAGAGAGACUACGUUCGUACCGUACCACGAAAUUCAAGGUCAGCAGGCAACGACGACGAGGGAGAAGACGCCCCACCAGCACGAGGUGGGCGUGGAGGUCGUGGUGGGCACGGUGGUCGUGGCCGAGGAGGGCGCGGUGGAGGAUCUACAACCGGUGGGCGAGGAGGGGUGAUGGAGUUCAUCCCAACCCAACUGGGAGUAGCUUUAAUCGAAGGGUUCGACAGGAUGAAUUUUGAGACCAGUCUCGGGAAACCAUUUCUACGAAAGGAGAUGGAACUAAAAAUGAAAGCCAUCUGCGAGGGUCUUACGACUAAGGAGGACGUCCUGAACGAGAGUAUUCAGCAAUAUCGUCAAGUCUACUUGCAAUCGAAGCAGAAGUUGACAGUGCUCAAAGCGGCCUGUCGGCAGUAUGUCUUCCAACAGAAUGGCGGCUGAAAGUGAAGAUCGACUUAGUUUUGCCGAUUAGUAUGGCUAAGGUCUCAUUGGGUUGAUUCUACGAAAGUCGCUCAUGUUCUAAUACUAAGUAGCAACGCAUACGCAAACAACACAAACUUUUCUGCGGACCGAAUCCUAAUCCUUGGUGGAAGAUAACGGGUGGUUGAGGCAAAUACGCCGCACAGCCUUCCUUGAUCUUUACUCCGAGCAUCGGCGCUUUUCAUUACUCAGACUGAUGACGCUC